GUGUGUUGGUGUCUUUGCUGUGCUUCUCCUCGAAGAGAAAGGGAAAGUGAAAGUGACGACGAUGGAGGAAGCUGCGCCGGCGCCGGCGCCGGCAGUGCUGCCGGUGGGCUUCCGUUUCCGCCCGACGGACGAGGAGCUGGUUCGGCACUACCUCAAGGCCAAGAUCGCCGGGCGUCCCCACCCGGACCUCCUGGUGAUCCCCGACGUGGACCUGGCCACCGUGGAGCCCUGGGACCUCCCCGCCAGGUCCGUCAUCAAGUCCGACGAUCCCGAGUGGUUCUUCUUCGCCCACCGCGACCGCCCCAAGUACCCAGGCAAGAACCCCCGCUCCAACCGCUCCACAGCCGCCGGCUACUGGAAGGCCACCGGCAAGGACCGCCUCAUCCGCUCCCCAAAAGGUGCCCUCAUCGGCAUCAAGAAGACCCUCGUCUUCCACCGCGGGAGGGCGCCGCGCGGCCACCGCACCGCCUGGAUCAUGCACGAGUACCGCACCACCGAGCCCCACUUCGAAUCGGGCCAAAACGGUAGCUUCGUUCUCUACCGCCUGUUUAACAAGCACGACGAAGAAACCCCAGGCUCCAAUUCGGAGUCUCCAUCCACAUCGUCUCGAGGCACCCUGCUACACGCUGACGACGCGGCCACAAUCUCCACGAUAGAAGACACAACUUCACCAUCUGAUUUGAGCCAACUUACUGCAACAAAAUUAACUAAGGUUCACUCCACGGCCCAUCUUCUUACAACCGAUGGUGACACAGAACAGGCAAAAGCUCAGGAAGCUGCUUUUCUGGAUGUGUUAACCCAGCUUCCAGACCUACAAGCUGAGCAAAGAUAUGAUGGAUUCCCUACCAUCAGUUCUCCGAUGCGUCCUUACACGGAUCACCCUUUCGUUGGCAACAUGGGCGAGCAAGACUUCUCACCAUAUAUGGACAGUAUCAUAGCUGAGCAAGAUCUGCAAGACAUGUUGCUUAAUCCAGCCUAUGCCAAAAAGGACACUGGAAAUGCCGACUCAUGUCCUAUACCUGUAGUUGCAUCGAAUGACAACUCAAACAGCAUUGCAUCCCACUAUCACACCCAAUGUGAACUACAGCCCGCAUUUCAUCCUCAGACAGAAUCAUAUGAUAGUGGAGUCUUCUAUGCCGGGAGCUCAGGCUCAUGGUCUCAUUAUCCCCAACAUUUGUUGGAUUCUGUGACAGAACCAAGCAGAGGUGACAUGAUAGAUUCAAAUGUCUCCAAUGGACAAGGGGGUUGGGCAGCGGCACCUUCACAGCAGUCCACAAGUCCAGAAUUCAUAGACCCGCAACAUGGUACUGCUGCAAGAAGGAUCCGUCUUGUGCGCGAUGUUCAGAGGGCAUCUACCUCUCAGCCUAUAUUGACAUCUCAUUUGGAAAGCGAAGAUGAAGCUGGAUCGUGUUGUAGCACAGGAAGUUCAUCCAACAACCAUGGCGAGGAUCAUAUCAAUCUAGAUUCCCAAACUACGGCUGGAGAUCUGAUGCAUAUUCAGGACAGAGGGCAUAACAUCCCUACUCAAGUAGUUUCUCCGGUGGAAGUUACAGACAAGCUGCAACAUUUAUCAUUUAACGAUAACAUAUUAGACCACAUUAAUCUGACUCGUGGAGCUGGUCUCUCGCAGAGGAUCAAACAAGAUUCUGCUCAAAAUGUGCGCCAAGGACUCCUGCAGAACGGCAACCAUGCUCCUCGAGAGGCACCUUCAGAAACAACAAAACGGCCUACAAGUACUGUUUUGCGGUCACUAUGGCUGGCUCUCCUUGUGAUGGCACCUUUGCUUAUCUUGGUUGGGGUAUGGAGAUCACUGAACUACUGGCUGGUGUAAAUGGUUCCUCACUGCUUGUAUAUAUCUUUCUCAAGUUUAGGAACAUCAGAGCUAUUUUUGUAAUGUGGUCAAUUCACAUUCGAGCUACUUACAACUUCCCAGUGUAAAUGAUUCACUUGGCAGUUUCAUGAUCAUAUCAGUGAAGUGCACCCACAACACAA